CUUGCCACUUCGAAGAGAAGCAAGGCAAGCAGUAGUGUUCAUGCACCACACCUCAAGUAACUAAGCGAUCGAGCACAGGUGUAUGUAGCACAUGCAUCGUUUGAUCAUUCAAUUAGCUCGAUCGCUGCUAAUUAAGAGCUAGCAGUGUGGUUAUAUUACGAGGUAGAAGAAAGAAUCUAGCACUAACGGUGUGAUCCAAUUAAGCUGAUAGCUAGCUAGAGGCAGGUCGAGAUGGCUCUUGCGUCGGUGUCCAAGGUGGUGCUGGGUUCGGUUGCGUUCGGGGUGUUCUGGGUGCUGGCGGUGUUCCCGUCGGUGCCCUUCAUGCCCAUCGGCCGGACGGCGGGGGCUCUGCUGAGCGCGGUGCUCAUGAUCAUCUUCCACGUGAUCAGCCCCGACGACGCCUACGCCUCCGUCGACCUGCCCAUCCUGGGCCUUCUCUUCUCCACCAUGGUCGUCGGCAGCUACCUCAAGAACGCCGGCAUGUUCAAGCACCUGGGCACGCUGCUGGCGUGGCGGAGCCAAGGCGGGCGCGACCUGCUGUGCCGCGUCUGCGUCGUCACCGCGCUCGCCAGCGCGCUCUUCACCAACGACACCUGCUGCGUCGUGCUCACCGAGUUCGUGCUCGAGCUCGCCGCUGAGCGCAACCUCCCCGCCAAGCCCUUCCUUCUCGCGCUCGCCUCCAGCGCAAACAUUGGCUCCAGCGCCACGCCCAUCGGCAACCCGCAGAACCUCGUCAUCGCCUUCAACAGCAAGAUCCCCUUCCCCAAGUUCCUCCUCGGCAUCCUGCCCGCCAUGCUCGCCGGUAUGGCCGUCAACAUGGUCAUGCUACUCUGCAUGUACUGGAAGGACCUCGAGAGCACCAGCCCGGACCUCAUCUCUGCCGGUAAGGAGAUGGAGGCCGUCGAGGAGGGACGGGCGUCGUUGCCGUCCACCCCAGAGCCACCGCUCAAGAGCCCGAAGCUGACAAACGGGGACUACUCGCCGUCCAUGAUGACGGAGAACAUCUCCACCAAGCACCCCUGGUUCAUGCAGUGCACGGAGCAGCGCAGGAAGCUCUUCCUCAAGAGCUUUGCCUACAUCGUCACCGUCGGCAUGGUGGUGGCAUACAUGGUCGGGCUCAACAUGUCGUGGACCGCCAUCACCACGGCCAUCGCCCUGGUCGUCGUCGACUUCCGCGACGCCGAGCCGUGCCUGAACAAGGUGUCCUACUCGCUGCUUGUCUUCUUCUCGGGCAUGUUCAUCACGGUGAGUGGGUUCAACAAGACGGGGCUCCCGGGGGCAAUCUGGGACUUCAUGGCACCCUACUCCAAGGUCAACAGCGUCGGCGGCAUCUCCGUCCUCUCCAUCAUCAUCCUCCUCCUCUCCAACCUCGCCUCCAACGUCCCGACCGUGCUGCUGAUGGGCGGAGAGGUGGCCUCCGCGGCGGCGCUGAUCUCUCAGGCGGCCGUGACGAAGUCGUGGCUGCUGCUGGCGUGGGUGAGCACGGUGGCAGGCAACCUGUCGCUGCUGGGGUCAGCGGCGAACCUGAUCGUGUGCGAGCAAGCGCGCCGCGCGCCGCGCAACGCCUACGAGCUCACCUUCUGGAACCACAUCGUCUUCGGCAUCCCCUCCACCCUCAUCGUCACCGCCAUCGGCAUCCCCCUCAUCGGAAAGAUCAACGUCUAGCCGCUUGUCUCGCCGGCGCCGGCCGUCAGCCAUCAACGUAAUGCCUGACCACCUGGAACAUCACAUGCAUACGCAUGUUAUUAGCUUGGUGUAUACCUACGAGUAUAAUUGUACGUACAGUGCUUUCGUUAAUUCGGUGUGUGGUGUAUGGCUUAAAGUAUGAAUUCACUCAACUCGCUCCAGGACUACUGUUAUUGUGGAGGGAGGAAAAAAGGAAGAUAGUGUUGUAAGCAGUGCACUGUCUGCUGCUGGAAGAAUAUAUGCAUGUGGUCGAUAACCAACCUAUAAAUGUCAAUUAUCUUUUUUAAUUAGCUGCUUGAGAAAAAAAAAACCUCCUUGUCAAUUGUCAGGUUCUGUCUCUUAAUUGGUUAUAUUAAUUUGCUAGCCAUCACUCUAUGAGAAAAUAAGUGGAGAAGUAUUUUGGUUUUCAGUUGUCA